GGUGCGUUCUGUUACCCCGUCGCGCUGCUCGAGGUCGCCUGGCCCUGCGGGAGGAUCCCUGUCUCCUCUUACCUGCGCGAUUUAUUCCGCUGGCUCGCCUCGGGUGACUACUCGGGACUCGAUGUGACAGAUUUACGCGCUCCGGAUCGCUGAGGUGGAUGAGGGCGCACGCGUCGACUACUUUUCGGGGACUUUCCCUGACAUAAAAAAAAACAAGAAAGCAUUUAAAUGUGAAGAGCUGCACUUCCCGUCCACUUUUUUCCUGAACUCCCGGCUCAUCUGACCUGCUCUUCCCCGCGCACAGGAUCGAGGCUGGAUGGUGAGACCGAUGCGCGCCCUCGAACCUCUUGGACACGCACGUUUAACGGAUCGUUCCCCCCGCGUGUCGCCGCCGCUGUUGGAUCUUACUCGCCCGCUGCUCUGCCUCCCUUCUGAAACAUUUGGUGGUGGGCAGGAGAGGGGAGCGCGGCGGUGUGAAGAGGAUGUGGCUUGCGCAAAUCGACCGCUGGUCUGAGCCGACCCGACCUGCUUUACCUGGACGCUUGCGGAUGAUUUUGCGCCUCUGAAACCUCGCCAGGACACACCGCGCGGAUAAAGCAGGACUCUGAUGUUGAGAGUGCAAAAGGCUGAACACUGAAUCCUUUACUCAAGACGGCAAGUGAAGAUGGGUCCUACGUGUUUAAUGUAUAUUUCAUUAGAUUGGCUUCCAGUCUAAUAAACAUCAUCAGCGAUGUAGUCAGCCUGUUCAUCUGCGUGCUGAUCAUUUGCAGUAAAUACUCACAUCUGCUCAAAAGGGAGACCAUGAAGAUGAUCCUCCUGCGCAAAUUCCGGUUUUUGAUCCUCAUGGUGUUCCUCAUUGCGUGCUCGAUGCACAUAAUGAUAGACUUGCUACCGAAGCUGGAGCGGCACAGCAACAGCGGCUGCUCCUGCUCGCACACGCCGAGCGAGGAGCCCCAGAGCUGGGGGAAGCAGGGCUGGCCUAACAAGCACACCCUGCGGAUCCUCCAGGACUUCAGCAACGAGCCCAGCUCGAACGUGUCCUCCCACUCCCUGGAGAGGAUCCCGGCGGCGGGCGACAAAGCGCAGGCGUUCAGGAGGCUGGAGCAUCACGGCCAGCGCGGUGACAGGAAGAGGCAGUUCAUCCAGGACGCCGCGGUGACCAAGAACAUGCCGGUUAAAGGUUCAAGGUUGUCGGCUCUCUACGACCAUCCCUUAUAUAAAAGAUCCGUGCCGCCGCUGACAGACGAGGACACGCUGUUCAACGUCAACACGGACAUCAGAUUUGACCCCAAAGCAGCAGAGGAUCAGGCAUGGAAUACUGAAGGCAACAUGGACGAGUUCAGCCCAACGGGGGAGCUGACGGCCGACUCCUACCCCAACUGGCUCCGCUUCCACAUUGGGAUUAAUCGAUACGAGCUGUACUCCAGGCACAACCCGGUCAUCGAUGCUCUCCUGAAGGACCUGGUCACCCAGAGGAUCACCAGCGUCGCGAUGAAGUCUGGAGGCACCCAGCUGAAGCUGAUCAUGACCUUCCAGAACUACGGCCAGGCCCUCUUCAAACCCAUGAAGCAGACCCGGGAGCAGGAGACCCCACCGGACUUCUUCUAUUUCUCUGACUUUGAAAGACACAACGCUGAGAUCGCUGCCUUUCAUCUGGACAGGGUCCUGGACUUUCGUCGUGUCCCUCCCGUGGCCGGCAGGCUUGUCAACAUGACGAAGGAGAUCCGAGACGUCACACGAGACAAAAAGCUCUGGAGGACCUUCUUCAUUUCACCAGCCAACAACGUGUGUUUCUACGGAGAGUGUUCCUACUACUGCUCCACUGAGCACGCUCUGUGCGGCAAACCGGACCAGAUAGAAGGAUCCCUGGCUGCCUUCCUCCCAGACCUGGCCCUCGCCAAACGCAAGACCUGGAGGAACCCGUGGAGACGCUCCUACCACAAGCGCAAGAAGGCGGAGUGGGAGGUGGACCCGGACUACUGCGAGGAAGUCAAACAGACUCCACCAUAUGACAGUGGGACACGGCUGCUGGACAUCAUGGACAUGACCAUCUUUGACUUCCUCAUGGGAAACAUGGAUCGACACCAUUAUGAGACGUUUGAAAAGUUUGGAAAUGAGACCUUUAUCAUCCAUCUGGACAAUGGCAGAGGCUUUGGAAAACACUCCCACGACGAGAUGUCCAUCCUGGUUCCGCUGACCCAGUGCUGCAGGGUGAGGAAGUCGACCCACUUGCGUCUGCAGCUGCUGGCUAAGGAGGAAUACAAGCUGUCCAUGCUCAUGGCGGAAUCCCUGGUGAGAGACCGCCUCAGUCCCAUCCUCAUCCAGCCCCACCUGGAAGCCAUGGACAGACGACUACGCCAGGUGCUGAAUGUGCUGUCAGAAUGCUUUGAAAAGGAGGGCUACAGCUACGUUGUCGAGGACGACCUCGGCCACCCAGGGACAGACCACGCCCACAGCGGCCCACGACGGAGGUAGCUGUCUGCGGGCGCCGGCAGCUGGACAGGACUGAAUCCCUGGAGAUAGGAGAUCCAGUCUCUCUCUUAAAACUGGACUGGCAUCCUGUGACACAGAUGAGCUCCAUCUGUACUGAACUUCUCAGAGGGCUUGGGGUUUGUUUUUUUUUGGCUGAACUCACAGGGAAGCCCACCUGCCUGAGGUCAGUAUAAGCUGCGUGGAAGUGGAGGCCUGCUGGAUAGGACUGGACUAUGAAUAACAGUGCAAUGAUGCAGGUGAUGUCGAAGACUGCUGGAUGGAUCUGGGGUCGGGUCACAGACAGAACUGAAUCACCCCCACAUCACCCAGACUCCUUAAAAUAACCAACCCUGACUCUAGUGUAGGAUAGCGUCACCCAAACACCCGCCGGCCCACCGCAGCACUACCAAACCAUGAAAGUCUUGCAAGAGACGCCUUCUCUGUCUUGUUCGGAACCCUGUUUUGAAUUCAGUGAAUUCUGAGGGACUUGUAAAGAACCGCCUGACCCCCCCCCCCCACUCCCACCACCCCCUCCCUCUCCUCACAAGAUGAAUUAUGUGUUUCUACGUCUUGUUGGUAUUGCAAGUGUUUCGGUUCAACAUUCACAGCCGAGGAGGAGGCGGAGGAUGACUUCCUGUUGUCUUAAUUUUCAAAAAUGAUGUUUUAUUGAUUUGCUGGAAAUUUUUUCAAAACAGUGUCUUUUUUAUUUUUAUUUCUGCUGAGCUGAUUCAGCUUCUAUCAUUCGAGAUGGAGAUAUUUUGAUUGGAGUGCAGGUUUACUCCUGGAUUUGUCCAUUAAUUUUGCCCAUAAAUGUUGCUUGUACUUGAGAGAGUAUUUAUUAAAAUUCAUAUUUAUUGUUUGAAAUGAACACUAAUCGGUAACAUCACUCGUCUGUUCAAACAAACCAUUGACUUCACGGAGGUGUACUUCCUCAUUUGUCCAGAAGAGGGCAAACUGAGCAUGUGCAAACAAAGCUGCCAGGUCGGUGCCUCUCAGUAAAGUUAACCCACUCCAUAUUUCACCCCAUCCCAAGCAUCAAGCUCGCUUUCCGAUUGGUUUACAGCCGCCACGAGUUUUGGUCACAUCCAACCGAGCCUGUGUUUACAACAUUUAAUCCAACUACUGCUUUUAUUUCCUUCAGUGCAAACAGAUAUGAGGUUAGAUCUAUGGUACCAAAAGCCAAAUGUGACACUAAUAGUUUUAUAUUAUUGUUUUCUUUGUAAUAUAUUUGAUGUCCAGAUGUUGCUGUUGUGGAGAGAUUAUUUUUCAGGAUGUAUAUUUCAUUCAUAACCAACAGCUGAUAGCUUAACUGUUGGUGUCAACGAUUCAGUCACUGGCUGAAAGUUAAUAUAUACAGUAGGAAAAUCUAGUGCCUGUGCAAUGAUAGAAAUACUUGAAUGUGUGGUUUCAUAGCAGAAAGGUUUCAACUCCUCCCGGGUACGAGCUAUAGAUAAGAGGAGGUCUACAUGUAUCUGUGUGCUGACUCCAUCUGAUCCAUAAGGGUUUUAUCAUACAGUCUAAGUUUCCAUAGUCCUGUGUCAGGUCAGUACGGUGUGUAUGGACGCAUGGGUGGAUCCACGGAGGACCUUUAGAUGAUGUGUUCUUAAAGUGAAAAUGCUUCUUUUUUUUAUUCAGCUCAUUGUUUCUGUGGAUUUCUUUUGUUCGUUUGUUUCAUUUCUUUGCAUCAUGGUAAAAGUGCAAUAAAACAAAAUAAGCAGAA